AUGGCCGACCCACGGUCGGUAGAGCUAGUUGGAUCGCUACCACAAACUGUGUUUAUCGAAGCCUUCCGUCUCCUCUCUCCAGCUCAAUUCGUGAUACCCUACCGAGACCUCCACCAUACGCUGCAUGGGUGGGGCGUGUUAAUGGAUGGACUCAAAACAUUGGAAGCGGUGUUCGAUGACUUUACGAGGGACCUGCUCACGAUCAUUCAGUACAGAACCGUGGCCGGGUACCCACCCCAACUAGCGGAAUACACCCACCUACUCGACUGUGCUCAGGCGAUGGGAAAUGGCCCCCUAGUCAAUGCUCUUUGGGAUGGGAUGAAUGACAAUGAUGUUACUCCCGACGCAGCGUGCUAUAAUCACUAUAUGGCAGCACUGGUCUGGAACCACUGUUAUGUGGGAAAAGAAGCAUACAAUACUCGCAUGACCCCUCACAGCUACAGAAAGCGGCGCAUGGUAGAUCCAAAUCCUGGAUGGCGUGGCUACGCAACGGCGUGGAACAGUGUCAAAGGGAAUGUGCUGGAUAUAUUCAGUCAAAUGAGUCAGGACGGGCUUAGUGGGGAUGAACAGACAUACAUCAAUAUCCUCCUCGCAGCGGCCCGAGUUGGCGACAUGCAAGCUUCGAAGAAUAUCCUCAAGACUGUAUGGAACGUCGAUGUUGAUGUUAUCAUGGCUGAAAGUGAUGACUCGAUGCUGCCACCGGUUACACCCUACGAAACUUGGUCCGGUCUGUACCCCACUGAGCGUCUUCUUUUUGCCGUGGCCCAUGCCUUUGGCACGAACAACGAUAUGUACGCCGCCAUGAGAACAGUCGACUUCAUAGCCUCCUCCUACAACGUCACCAUUUCAGCUAAGGUCUGGUCCGAGUUGCUUGAAAGGACAUUUACUCUCUCCAAAGAACACAAGCGGAGACAGGCAGAAGAUGGGCGUAUAGGCCAAGUCCCGAGAGACAUGGUCCGCGACGUGUUUCAGAUAUUGACGACGGAGCCGUACAAUGUUCCUGCGACUCUGCAAAUGUACCGGUAUAUGACCCAAACCAACAAGCUAGACGGUGACCUAGAGGCUUGCAAAACAGACAUGCACGAGGCAAAAAGGAAGGAAGCGAGAGACGCCGUUAUGCAAUGUCUGCAGCCAGUCUUGGAUAGCAUGAGACCGCCAGCGAAAAAUGGGAGGGAAUUGCGGGAGCAAACCAAAUACCAACGAGGGCAUGGCGUGAAACCAGACCUGUCAUUGUUACAGUGUCCCCUGCUCGCCGAAGCUAUCAACACAUACGACCUCCUCCGGCUCGAAGUCUUCCAGCAGAUUUAUCUAAUGCAGCGCAUAGCCUAUUCCAUGAUCAUCACACGUAAGUGGAAUGACGUAUCACCGAGAGCUUGGGAGCUUCAAGAACGGCCCAAGCUAUUGGAAGAAUGGAAAGACUUUCUGCCAGAGCGUAAUACGUACGAAUAUAGAGACGGAGAGGUUGGAACAGUCGAGUUCAAAGGCCAGACAUAUUCCAGGAGCCGCCAUAUGAGCCAGCAUGGCCGUAUUCAUGCACGCCGAAUACAAGAUGGGCCGGAACUUUUUCAUCCAAUUGAGCCAAAGGUCCUCGAUGAUAGGAUAUUCUGGAAAAUCUUGCUUCAUGAGUAUCCCGAGCUGGACUCGUCCAUUUCGCCGCUCAAUCGCAUCUACUCCUUCCAGGUCGAGCACUCCAAAAAAUUAAAGGAGAAGCUCAAAAAACUCGGGACAUGGGUUGAUUACCCGCAAGAUCAUCAUUUGUCGAAAGAGCAUAAUUCUUCCGGUGGGUUUUAUGGUCGCCUUCAUGCACUGGGCUUUGAUGCCAAACCCCAGAAUUCUAUCUUCUGGCGGGAUGGCAAUCCUUGGUGUUGA